AUGCAGUCUCUGAUGCAGACGCUGAUGCAGACGCUGAUGCAGACGCUGAUGCAGACGCUGAUGCUGAUGCAGACGCUGAUGCAGACGCUGAUGCAGUCUCUGAUGCAGACGCUGAUGCAGUCUCUGAUGCAGACGCUGAUGCAGACGCUGAUGCAGUCUCUGAUGCAGACGCUGAUGCAGACGCUGAUGCAGAUGCUGAUGCAGACGCUGAUGCAGUCGCUGAUGCAGACGCUGAUGCAGACGCCGAUGCAGACGCUGAUGCAGACGCUGAUGCAGACGCUGAUGCAGUCUCUGAUGCAGACGCUGAUGCAGUCUCUGAUGCAGACGCUGAUGCAGUCUCUGAUGCAGACGCUGAUGCAGACGCCGAUGCAGACGCUGAUGCAGUCGCUGAUGCAGUCGCUGAUGCAGACGCUGAUGCAGACGCUGAUGCAGACGCUGAUGCUGAUGCAGACGCUGAUGCAGACGCCGAUGCAGACGCUGAUGCAGACGCUCCCUACAUCUUGA